AUGGCAGAUGUACCAACGCUCAAAAUCACUCUUCUCGGUGCUGGGCAGGAGGUCGGCCGGUCCUGCUGCGUCAUUCAGUACCGUGGCAAGACAAUAGUAUGCGACGCAGGCGUUCACCCCGCCUACAGUGGCAUCGCAUCCCUACCAUUCGUUGACGAACUAGAUUGGAGCACUGUAGACGUACUGCUAAUCACUCAUUUUCAUCUGGAUCACGCCGCCGCCCUCACAUACAUCACGGAGAAGGCUAGUGCUACAACGAAUUUCCGGGAUGGCAAAGGCAAGGUAUACAUGACGCAUCCCACCAAAGCACUGCACAAAUUCAUGAUGCAAGACUUCGUACGAAUGAGCUCGUCAACGUCCGAUGCCCUGUUCUCUCCUCUUGACCUCUCAAUGUCUAUGUCGUCCAUCAUCCCUGUGUCCGCUCACCAAGUCAUCACGCCUUGUCCAGGGGUGACCUUCACCCCGUACCACGCCGGCCAUGUCCUCGGCGCUUGCAUGUUUCUCAUAGACAUUGCUGGUCUCAAGAUCCUGUACACCGGCGACUACUCUCGCGAAGAGGACAGGCAUCUUGUGAAGGCGGAAGUGCCUCCAAUACACCCCGAUGUCCUUAUUAUCGAGAGUACGUAUGGCGUACAAACACUGGAGGGCAGGGAAGAAAAGGAAGCAAGAUUCACAAGUCUGGUUCACAAUAUCAUCCGUAGAGGCGGUCAUGUCCUAUUGCCGACAUUCGCUGUAGGACGCGCACAAGAACUGCUGCUCAUCUUGGACGAAUAUUGGAAGAAGCACCCUGACCUGCACAACGUCCCUGUGUACUAUGCUUCGAAUCUAGCGCGAAAAUCUAUGGCUGUCUACCAGACCUACAUCCACACAAUGAAUUCCAAUGUGCGAUCGCGGUUCGCAAAGAGAGACAAUCCCUUUGUCUUCAAAUAUAUAUCCAAUGUACCACACAGUCGAGGCUGGGAGCGCAAAGUCGCCGAGGGACCGCCGUGCGUAGUGUUGGCAAGUCCAGGAUUCAUGGACUCGGGGCCUAGCCGGGAACUGCUGGAACUCUGGGCGCCAGACUCGAGGAACGGCGUCAUCGUCACAGGCUAUUCGAUAGAAGGGACAAUGGCGAGGGAAAUCCAAAGUGAACCGGAAGAGAUCAUGCCCGCCAAGGGCGCCCCGAUCCCUCGCAAGCUCUCCGUGGAUGAGAUCUCCUUCAGUGCCCAUGUCGACUACUCGCAGAACUCAGAGUUCAUCGAGAUGGUCAAGGCGCAGCAUAUAGUCCUCGUACAUGGAGAACAGACUGCGAUGGGCCGUCUGCGUGCGGCGAUGACAGAUCGAUACAAGAGCCGGGACGAAGAUGUCAAGAUUCAUACUCCACGGAACCUGGAGACCCUUGAGCUCACGUUCCGAGGUGAACGUGUGGCGAAGGCAAUCGGCCACUUGGCCGCCCAACCACCACAACCAGGGGACCUGCUCUCCGGUUUGCUCGUUGCCAAGGACUACUCUUACACACUUCUCGACCCGCGGGACCUCCGCGACUUCACCGGCCUGUCAACAAAUAUCGUCACGCAAAGACAGAAGAUGGUGCUGACCGUUGGUUGGGAGCUCGUCCGGUGGCACUUGGAAGGCAUGUUCGGCAAGGUGGAAGAGGGCUUGGACAAGGAUGGUGUACCCACCAUCCGAGUCAUGGGCGCCGUAGACGUCAAACAGGCACAGGAGCACGAGUUGAUCCUGGAAUGGGACUCCAGUGCCAGCAACGACAUGAUCGCGGACUCUACGCUCGCCCUGAUCACCGGCAUCGACAAGAGCCCCGCCUCCGUCAAGCUGACGACCCAUCCUCACUCCCACUCACACGCCCCAGAGCACCCGCAUCCGCACGCGGACAUCGAGGACGAGACCGGCCCCGUGACACGCAUCCGCCGCCUCGCGAUGUUCCUCGAGGCACACUUCGGUGAGGUCGAGCUGCACAUGCCCGAGGACGGAGACGAGCAGGAGCAAGAGCAAGGUGAGGACAGCCACGAGGCAGCGCUCCUCGUCCGCCUCGACGAGGCAGACGCGCUCAUCAACCUGGUCACACUGACCGUUGAGAGCACGAGUGAACAGCUCAAAAGACGCGUGGAGACGGUGCUGGACAUGGCGCUCUCGACCGUCAGCUCCUUGAACGAGUCGUUCACUUCGGGCGUGCCUCUCCUCAGCGAGGAAGGCGGUCUGCCCGAGACAGUCAAGGACAAGUCUGGCAGUCCUGCCGUAGCACUGAGUGGCGGCGAGAGCAAACCAACCUUACCCGCCAUCUCAGAGGACGCAGAACAUGCCGACGAUGAACCCCAGGCUCAGCCUGAAGCAGAAGGCUCGAAGGGCGGCGAGAAUCCUGUCGACGUCGACGCACAAACCGACGGAGAGACCAAGAACGCAGAUCGUCACGAUGGAGAGGGCGUUGAAGAGGGAGACGGGGAUGAUGAUAGCGAGUCGGGGACUGACGACGACAUCAUUCUCGAGGUACACGCUUGA